AUGUUUCGAGAAGAGGUCGUCGCGGCGGUGUUUGCGGCUCACGAGGGGAGCUAUGUGGCCACGCAGCGGCUGCAGCAGCUCGUGGAGUGCCGCGACGACCCUGCGGACCCCGCGAUGGCACUCGAGCUGCAGCGACAGCUGGCGCUCGCCUACGACGCCCUCAUAUCGCUAACGCAGAUAUCGCACAACAGUCGGGAUGAGGCCGUACUGGCCUUCGUUUCGACCAAGGGCGCCGCGGCGACGCGCGAGAACUACAUCGAGUGCGUCGACCUGCUGCGCUUCUACGGGUUCACGCUGCUCGUCAAGUUCGUGGAGAACCACUGGCACAGACUGCCGGACGAGCUGCGACGCCGCUGCAAGGGCGACAUGGAGCGCCUGUUCUCAUGCGGGCGGGGGGAGCCCACGGUCGCGGCGGAGUACAACGCGCUGGCGGCACCCAAGGUAUCGCAAUAUGUCGCCACCAUCGCCAUCAGGGAGUGGCCGGUGAGUUGGCAUGAGUUCAUCCCCCUCUGCCUGCAAUCCCUGAAUGCGCGGUUCGCAUCGCUGGGCGGAAAGGCCAACGAGUGCAAGCAGACACUCGCGGAGCUCUGCAUUUUCGGCGGCCUGCUCUCGGAGAUAUCGGUGGACAUCACCGACUGCAUGGACAACAAGGUGCUCUACAAGAAACGCACGCAAAUACUGGGGCUAUUCCAGAACCACAUCUGCGAAAUCUUCCUGAUGAUACACCGCGUCAUCGUACUGGGGAUGUUGAACGGGCAGCCGCAGAUCCUGCAGAUGGUCAUCUCAAUAUUCCGCAACCUCUCGGGGAUCAUGGACGGGUUCGUGUUCGUCGAGUUCGACGUGGACGACUUCCUGCGCGCGAACAUCGACGUCACCAACCGCUCGGACGUCAUACAGACGCUGCACAACAUAUGCACCAACGUGGUGCGCAAGCCGCUGAAGAACAUGCCCAAGAGCCCGGAUUUCGACCUAUCGAACGACGCCUACAAGCUCAAGCUCAAUCGCUUUGUACGCAACCUCGUCUCGGUCGGGGAAUCAAUGCAGUUGGACUGCUCCCUCGAGACUGCCUGCGACCAGCUGCAGCUGACACAGGCGAUCAAGGUGCUCUUCGAGCGCAACGGGGUAUACGUGCUGACCAACCUGGACGUUGACUCGCUCAAGCUGUUGGUCGAGUACCUGCAGGGGCACCUGGUGAUGCACCCGUCGAUGCAGAUCGCCACCUGCGCUGUGACUGCGUUGAACGGGAUGCUUAGGCGGGUCGGUGCGCUGGGCGAGGCUCGACUGUGCGGCGAGUACCACUCCGGCGUGUUCGUGCCGAACCCCUGCGUGCGUUGGCUUGACCACCGCCGCAUGUUGCUGGUGCUGUUCGUGCGAUGCCUGAAGAUGGGCAACACCGCGCUUUCGGAGAAUGCGGAGCAUCCCAGCUCUUCAUCCACCAUCGACGAGUUCAUUGCGGAGUCUGUCGGCACGUACCACGUGCGGUCGCAGCGCUGGUCAAAACUGCUGUUUGCCUACGUGCCAAUAGACGACGAGUUUUGCGUGGGGCAACUGAAGAACUUCGAGCCGCGGUUCGCCGCGCUCCGCUCCGCAAUCCUCAAUUGCGUAUCGCUUCUCUGCACGGUGAGCCACGACUACAUGAACGCCUGCAUCAAGGCGCUGGCGGACAUAUUCACCACCGCCCAGCGGGUGGUGAUGGACGCGCCGUGCGUGCAUGCGGCCAGCAUAUGCACGAUACAAAACAUUUCGGAGAAGCGGCUGCAGUGGACCUGCAAGAAGCUGGUGCUCUUUGACGGCACGUGUUUCAUGUUCGAGGCCGCGCUCUCCCGGUUGCGUGGCGCGACGAUCGACGUGACGACCACCGUCGACAAUACGAAGACGCCGGAAUGGAUGCAGCCUGCCGCGGCAAAUAGCGUGCUGCAAGCCGCACAGGCAAAGGCUGGUGGAAACAUGGUAGACACUUGGAUCUCCACCGGUCUGACCUACCUGCUGCAUAUGUUGGGGCUGCAGCUGCCCAGCGUGCACGGCGCGCAGCUCGAGGUGCGCCGGUUGGGGAUGCUGUCGAGCUCGGCCAUUCUGCUGCUGUACAACUCGGAGCCGACGGAACGCAUUUUGGAGUACGUAGUGGGACUGCUACUGGUCCAGGGUGCGGGUGACGGACAUGUCACCAAGGUACACAGGUCUGCUCUCGUGACGCUGAUAUCGCUCUGCAAGAGCUGCUCAGGCCUCGUUUCGGCGUAUGUUGAGCCCAUUGUUCAGCGUAUCCGGCAGUGCUUGAACGUGGCGGAGGAUGAGUCGGCGCGGGACCUGCUCUUGGAGUCACUGGUGGCACUGACGUCGUGCCUGCAGAAUUUCGAGACGCAGCGCAGGCUGACCAACGAAAUUAUCGCACCGUACGUGGAUGACAUUGCCGCACUCGCCACGAAGGUCUCAUCAGUGAAAUUGGAGGAGCGGCCGGCGAUGUUGUUUGCCUUCCUGUACGGGUCGGGGCCCAACCCGGCUUCGGCGUCUGGGAGCCCCGCCCGUGAGGCCACGGAUGAGGAGUCUCUGGACCGCAGGCGACGCAACCUGCGUCGGGUUUUCACAAUGUCGCUGUCGAUAAUACGAUGCUGCGUAGUGCCAAACAGUCCGGAAGAACGAAGCAAGGCCAACCAUGCGGAGCGUGUUCCUGUGCGCCACCCACUGGAGGAUCGCCUGCUCGAUAUCUUCGUAUCGACGUGCACCAUCCUCCGCGCGUUGUCGGGGAUGUGGCGACCCGGGUUCAGGACGCAGGACGACUGGAGGAAGGUGGUGUUGAGCCCUGGCGAGGAGGAGUGGAUUUCGCUGCAGGGGUUCAACGAGGCGAUCGCCACAGAAGAGAGCCUGCGGCGCCUGGUUGAGUCGGUGUUCAGCAUUCCAUCCACCAUGGACGCCAAGUUGGUAAGGAAAUGCCGCCGUCACGACUUCCUGCUGCGGCAGUCGGCGCUGAAGUUGUGCGGGGAAAUUUUCUCCACGGCCAUCACCUUCAAGAUCGACCUCGUCCCACAUGCAGAGGCCGUUGUUAUGGAGGCGCUGGUCGAGCCGCUGGAGUGGAUUUCGAUGUCGCACCUCGCGCAAUACCUCAAGUUCGCUCUGGUGCCCUCAAAACUGUCACUGCGCAAUGUUCUGUCCAAGGUCAUAUCCACCAUCUCGGAGCGCAUCAACGCCGAGUGGAAGGCACUCAAUCGCCUGCAGCGCAACCUGCUGGCGGGUGACGAAGGCGCUGCGGCGAACCGUAGUGCAGAGUCGCGUAUACUCCACCUGUACUACCUGCGCGUGUACGCCUCCAUAGAGACUGGUCUGCAGUUGAUGGCGCUGGUGGCAACGGCGUUCCGCAUUCGGUGUUUGCACGCCUUGGAAAAUGAAAGCGAGGCUGGAUCUGACGAGGUUGUGAUGAUGGGCACGCCCGGAAGCGAGCAGGUGUCGGUGGUGUUUGGGUCCCGUGAGCUGCUCACGUGCAUCCUGCAGUGCCUCUGCAGUGCGCUCUGCUGGCCGCAUUGCCGCUGCGUCACUGAGGCGCUGCGGCUGCUGCGCACGUACGCCAAAAUCGCGCCCACGAUGGACUCAUAUUCCGUCAGCAUCGCGGAGUCGUUUGCCUCCGAGGUCCUCCUGGUGCUGCACAAGCAGCUCAGGAUAGAGCGCACUUUCGACCCCCUUAACCUCGGAAACGACGAGGGGCACGGCUCCACCACCACGGCGUACAAGCGCUUCUGGUCCAACACCCGCGACGGCAGCACAAACUACAUCAAGGAGUUCGUGAACACCAUGAGCACCUUCUACGAGUGCCUGGUCAAAUGCCAGCCGGGCGUCACGGGCGUUCUGAACCAGGGCGAAAUCAACGUCCAAGCGCUGCUACGCUUCAGCUCGGUCGUCGAGGCCGUCAAACUGCUCACUCCGUACCUGCAGGAGCACGAGUGCCUCAACUUCCUGACCAAGAUCAUUUCACACAACUCCGUCGAGUCACGGGCGCUCCUGCAGGCCGGAAUCGAGGCGAACGUUUUGGACCAGAAUGCGCGUGCUAACGCAAAGAUGCUCCAGUUCACUGCAAGCAUAUUGGAGACACGGUCGGCGAUGGAAAUCGAGCGAUCCGGCUCAGGGGAAUCAGACGACGAAUUCCUGGGGUCAGACAUAGCGUAUCUGCUGUUCGAGUAG